UGCUUUGCAAACGGGUCACUCAGUGUUAGUAUCUGUAAGACAACAGUUAACAGUCUAUUCAAUCAAUAAAAGCUUCAUUUCAAGAGAAUUUUCCAAUAUUAAUGAACAAUGUAUCCGCAUCAAAUGAAUCGAACGUACAUGUGGUAGUGGUCUAAGAUUGUACAGCCAGAUAAUGUCCAUGUGGCUUUAUCUCACGAACGUUGAUAGUAAUUGAAUGUAUACCAACGGCGAUGGUAGUUUAGUUUCGUCUCAGCUGAUCGCAGGCGUAGUUCGAAUCUCAACACGGAAAUGGCGGACCGACGGCCAACAGUACAAAUUAAACCGGGACUAGUCGCUGGGCUGAAAACUACACUUCCGAACGGAAAAGUUUGCUACCAGUACAAGGGAAUACCUUAUGCCGAAUCUCCGGUCGGCAGUUUACGAUUUAAGCCUCCAGUGCCGCUUGAAGAGUUUAGGUCUUAUCCGUUGGACUGCACAAUGGAUAAAAACGUCAGUCUUAGUAACAGUUACAUUCCACCCGACAGUCAAGCUUCAGAAGAUUGCCUAUUUUUGAAUGUGUUCACACCAACUGCUCCUGGCAGGCAACUUGGGGACCUGCUUCCUGUGAUGGUUUGGAUUCACGGUGGUGCUUUUUGCAGUGGGAGCGGUGAUUCGUCAAUCUACAAUCCGGAAUACCUAGUCCAGGAGGGAGUCAUAGUAGUAACUUUGAACUACCGCUUAGGUCCACUUGGUUUUCUUUGUCUCCCUUCGGUUGAAAUCUACGGUAAUAUGGGUCUCAAAGAUCAAAGACUUGCUUUGAAAUGGGUGCACGAUAACAUCCGGAACUUUGGCGGCGAUCCAAGGAACGUUACCUUAUUUGGAGAAAGUGCUGGUGGCUGUUCGGUACACUUUCAUUGCUUAGACGAAGAGUCAGCUAAGUAUUUCCAUAAGGCUAUUUGCCAAUCAGGCGUCGCCACUAGUUCAACUGUGCUGCAAGCUGAUCCUGAAGUGAAAGCUCGUCGAUUAGCGCAAUUUCUUGGAUGUCGGGGGAAUACUGACAUGGAAAUUCACGACUUUCUUCUUUACAUAUCGGCGGAGGAAAUCGCCUUCAAACAAAAAGGUGCUCUAACGGAGCAUGAACAAACGCUGGAUUCUUACUACCCAUUCAAACCGGUUAUCGAAGUGCCGAAUUCGGACCAACCUAUCAUAACGGAGAAUAUUCUUGAUGCUCUCAAACAGCCGAACCGAGUUUUAGUUCCGAUGAUAAUAGGAAUCACCAAUGAGGAAGCAAUUUACAAAGGCAACUCACUAAUAAACUAUAUGGAAAGAUACAGUUCCGAGCCUUGCAGAUUUAUACCUAAUUCUCUGGAUGUUCCAAAAAAUCUCAAACCAUCGGUAGCUAAUAAUAUUGUACAAUUUUACUGCGAAACGUCGAAACCAACUGCUCAUAAGGUGCUAGGAUUGACCAGAAUAUUUUCUGAUAAUUUGUACAUUAUUCCUACUUUAUUGGCGCUCGAGCUGCAUCACGUUUUUCAACCGUCAGCCCCCGUUUACUUCUACCAGUUUGCAAUGGAGACUGAGUUGAACAAAUUCCGACAACUGUGGAACGUUUUGGAUAGCCUGCGAGGUGCCUGUCAUGCAGAUGAUAUUUAUUAUUUAUUCAGUUCGUCGUAUUUCUACACUAAAGCGAUAAAGGAUGGGUCAAAAGCCGAUCAAAUGAGAAAACUUAUGUGCAAGCUAUGGACCAAUUUUGCCAAAACAAGUGACCCCACUCCGGAGGGCUUUGUCGGCGGAUUUCGAUGGGAACCGUACCGGUCUUCGUCGAGUUUGAACUGUUUGCAGUUAGCCGAGCAAGUAAGAAUGGUAGACAAUCCCUACAACGAAAGAUUACUGUUUUGGAAGCAAUUAUAUAAUCGAUACAAUAGAUCUUUUUUGAGACCAAAGCUAAUGUCCGUCGUGGAAGUGAUAACACAGCUAGCUGCCGGAAAAAUUAGAGGACGCAAAUUAAGAUUACCGAAUGGAGACUGUUACUGCUCGUACAAGGGAAUUCCGUACGCUCAGCCACCUGUGGGCGCGCUAAGAUUUAAAACUCCGGUUGCGUUGGAGAAAUUAGAUGUAGACGUCGUUCUGGAUUGCAGUUACGAGCGGAGCUCUUGUUACGCAUUAUUGCCAUGCCCAGCGACAGUAGCAGUUAGCGAAGAUUGUUUGUAUGCAAACGUCUAUACGCCAUUGAACCCUACGGACGUUGGUCGCCAGAAGUAUCUGCCUGUUAUGGUUUGGGUUCAUGGAGGAGCAUUCGGUGCCGGCUCUGGGGAAUAUUCGAUGUACAAUCCAUGUCAUCUACUCCAACAAGAUGUCAUUGUAGUGACGUUUAACUAUCGACUCGGUCCUUUUGGUUUUUUGUGCUUUCCUCCAGCAAAAAUAUACGGAAACAUGGGUCUUAAAGAUCAGCGGAUGCUAUUACGAUGGGUACAUCUUAAUAUUUCGCGUUUCGGAGGAGACCCCUCGAAUGUAACCGUUUUUGGUGAAAGUGCUGGUGGGGCUUCGGUGCAUUUACUAUAUCUAUCUGAGACUUGUAGACAAUACUUUCAUAAAGCUAUCUGUCAGUCUGGAGUUGCUGUUUCUUGCUGGGUUCAGCAACGAGCUUGUGAAGCUAAUGCCAUCAAUUUAGCAAAGAGCCUUGGAUGUGUAUCAGAGUCAAGUAAUGAUGUUUAUGAUACACUUAUGAAAGCAUCUGGGCACGAUUUGCUAAUGCAUUCUGAUGAAAAUCUAAUGACAUGGGAUGAAAAAGGACCUAGAUUUUACACGUUUACACCAGUAGUGGAAUCCAAAAACUCGGACGAACCAUUUUUAACGGAACAGUUUUGCGAUAUUCUUCGUAAGCCGAAUAUGACUACUAUACCUCUUAUGUUAGGAGUAACCAACAAAGAAGGAAAAAGUUUUGCACCGUAUCUGUGGACAAUGUCUGAUUUGUUUUCGAGCGAUCUGGAAAGAUAUGUUCCACCACAACUUUCAGUUCCAGUAGAUCAACGCCGUACCGUUGGUGAAGAGGUUAAGAGAUUUUAUUUAGGAGAGAGGAAUGUUUCGCCAGAAGCAAUGUCUUCCAUACUAGAUUACAUUUCAGAUUGUAUGUUUGUUAUACCCGCGAUAGUAGUUAGUGAGUUGCACUCUAGAUACCAACACAGAGCACCUCAGUUUUUCUAUCGCUUUGCAUUCACAGGUGAGUUGAAUUUGUUUACAUCACCUGCGAAUUCCGUAGCUGAUAUGCCAUUCAGCGUCGAUGUCGAUGGUGCUGCUCAUGGUGAUGAUCUACCUUAUUUGUUUGAAAAUGAAUACUUUGGAGCAUCUGGUCCUGGCAGUAUCAACGCAAAUAAAUUUCGUCUUAUCAUAAUUCAACUAUGGACCAAUUUCGCCAAAUUCGGCAAUCCUACUCCAACCAAGGAGCAGAUAGGAUGUAUUUGGGAUAAGGUAACGCCAAUCGACGAAAAGCAACAGGAUUUUCCCCUGCACGUCCUGGAUUUGGCGGAUCCUAUUGGAAUGGCAAGUAAUCCAUUUGCAGACAGAGUAGACUUCUGGAAAAAAUUGUUCUCAAAAUUUGGUGGAAAUUAUCUUAAUCAUUACAUUGAAGAUGCAGUUGAUGUAUGACAAAGAAAUGUAUGUAGCAUGUGAACUUGUUGAAAAUAUAAUUUUAUGUUGCAUGGUCGACACAAACAAAA